UAUACACCUUGUCUCAAUUCUCAAAGUUCUCUGUCUCAUUCUCUCACCGUUCAUUUUAUACACACACACACGCACAAUCACAAUCAUUCUCCACAUUAUAGCUUCCUUUCAUUCAUCUUUCUUCCCCUCUUCAUGGCUUUCUUUCUUUUCCUACUUUUGAUCCUUUUAGUCCCUUCAAGCAAUGCUCAGUGGCCACCUUCACCUGGCUACUGGCCAAGCUCUAGGUUCAACUCCAUGAGCUUUUACAAAGGAUAUAAAAACCUCUGGGGUCCUUCGCAUCAAAGCUUUGGCCAAAAUGCAUUAAGCAUCUGGCUUGAUCGUACAUCAGGAAGUGGGUUCAAGUCUGUCCGUCCAUUUCGAUCUGGCUACUUUGGUGCCUCCAUUAAGCUUCAACCUGGUUACACUGCAGGAGUCAUUACAGCUUUCUAUCUCUCCAACAAUGAAGCUCAUCCAGGUUUCCAUGAUGAAGUAGACAUUGAAUUCCUUGGGACAACAUUUGGGAAGCCUUAUACUUUACAGACCAAUGUUUACAUCAGAGGGAGUGGGGAUGGGAGAAUUAUAGGCAGAGAGAUGAAGUUUCAUCUAUGGUUUGAUCCCACCCAAAAUUUUCAUCAUUAUGCUAUACUGUGGAGUCCUAAAGAGCUCAUAUUCCUUGUGGAUGACGUGCCCAUAAGGAGGUACCCGAGGAAGAGUGAUGCCACAUUUCCACUAAGGCCAAUGUGGGUUUAUGGUUCUAUAUGGGAUGCUUCAUCAUGGGCCACUGAAGAUGGAAAAUACAAAGCUGAUUAUAAGUACCAGCCAUUUGUUGCAAGGUACACAAAUUUCAAGGCCACUGGUUGCUCAGCCUAUUCACCAGCUAGGUGCCACCCAGUCUCUGCCUCACCAUUCAGGUCCGGUGGGCUAACUAGACAACAAUAUAGAGCCAUGAGAUGGGUUCAAAGCCACAAUUUGGUUUAUGACUAUUGCAGGGAUUCCAAGAGGGACCAUUCCCUGACACCUGAGUGCUGGGGUUAAAAGUUAAAGUGAAAAUUGGAGUUACUGCUAUGUGUCUACUUAAUUCUAUGCAUAGGAAGUCACUCAAAUUUUCACUUUUUGUUAUUUUUUCCUUCUUUUAAAUUUUAGUGAGGGUGUCUUGUGAUGGGUACCAUUUGCCAAGAAGGUUGAUGCAAAUGGUACUUGAGCGUCCAAGGCUCCACACAAAAGAAAAAAAAUUGGAACAACAUUUGUGUGCAUUUUUCAUUUUUUGUUAUGGUGAUUUUUGUGUACAUUUGUGGUUGGAGACAUACAAGCUAUGAGACUUGGGGGGAGAGAAAAAAAAAAAAAA